AUACCAGUCCACACUUGUCUCGUAGGUGUGGAGUUAAUCGUGUCAUUGCUGUUGGUAUAAUCUGAGAUUAUAUUUUAGUUCCUGACAGAGACAUAAUGGGGAUUAAACUGGACCCUGAAGGGAGGUGAGGCAAACAUCCAAAGUAGAGCGAUAGCCAAUACAAUGAUGAGCAACCUAAAGUAGGCUAAGGGCAGACAGAACUGACAGUUAUAUGAAGGUGCAGGGAAAGCAAGACACAGACACAGAGGCUGCUAAGGAAGAGACAGAGACAAACAGAGGCAGAGGCAACAUCAGAAGCAGAUUCAGGAAAGACAAAGUAUAAGGAAGGAAAGACAAAAUAUAAUCUUUUUGUGGAUAAAGAGAAGACACUGCGCGGCCCAGUGAUGACUGAAGAGCUGAAGGGACGUUAUGUGUUCGUAUCUCAGGACAACAUGGGUGAAUAUUUCAAGGCUCUAAUUCUAACAGCUGCCUGGAAUGAAAAUCAGGGAUUCUGCUCAGCAGGGACAGAGAAAAGAAAUGGAUCAAGUUGGAACAGUUACAGGGUCGGCGACCCCCCCUCCCAGAGCUGCUUUAGAAGGUGGGUUUCCAACAUAUUGGAUCCAGUGUUGGGCUACUCCCAGUUGGUGCCCAAGGCAAGCCGCCCGCAGUUGAAUGUCCCCCCUCCCAAGGGGAAGGAACAAGUAGAGACAACUGUCACAUGGGAGAACGGCAAACUGGUUUGUGUACAGAGAGGUGACGUGCCAAAGCGUGGCUGGAAGCAAUGGCUGGACAGGGAUCUGCUGCACGUGGAGCUGACGGCCAAGGAUGUGGUCAGCAAACAAACCUUCCGUAAAGUGUCUUGAGUAGAUGGAGUCUAUCUUGCUUGGUCAUUAUCACCAUGGUAUCAACCUCUCAUCCUGCAUCUCUUACUCCACCACCAUUGCCAUGUUGACUCUAUAAAGUAUUUUAGGAUCAA